AUGACCACAAAUCAGGCUCCCAAUCCAAGGGAGUUUAAGUCGUGGGAGGAUGCGUUCCAGUUCCCGGUUCCGGUUGUGCGCCGGCUUGAGCAACAACUUCGCUCCAAUAUCAACGAGAACAAGGACAAGUUGCGCUCACUGGUCGGCAACAGUUAUCGCGACUUGCUGAGCACGGCCGAACGGAUAGUCGACAUGGACCAACAAAUGCACUCAGUCGACACACGUCUCGGAGACAUUGGUCAGAAGUGCAAUGCUCGUGCUAUCGAGAGAAUCGCCGCCAAUCAACAAAGGACUGCCAAUGCUCAGAGGCAUCGCAAUUAUGCUCGCAAUGCUCUUGCGUCGAAUAUUGCUCUUCUCCAACGUUGUAUGGCUCAGGCUUUACAGCUCAUUAAGAAAGGCAAUCUUGCGUUGCGUGCUGCAAAGCUUCUUGUCAUUGCCAGAUUGUUGUUUAGCAGUGCUGCGAAAUCUCCGGAUCCACCAGCGUUGCUUGACAGUCUGAAGUCAAAACUAACUUCGCUUCGCCGCAAAUUGCUAAGUCAUAUCGACAAGCGGCUGGCCUCUGCCACCUUGGAGAAGUCUGCCUUGGUUGACACAUUGGCUGCUUACUCUCUUGCAACUACUUCCACCCCAACAGAUGUUUUGAACCACUUCUUGCACGUGCGAGCCUCAAGUCUUGGUGAAAUGAUCGAAAAUCCUACACAAACAGGCCUCCACAACGCUUUGGGAUCGCUCAUCACCACUAUUAAAGAAGUGCAAGCCAUCUUCCCAAAACAGCUCUCCGCUCUUCUUGGAAGAUUACAGGAUGAACCGCUACUACAAGAUUCAGCCAUUCAAGAUAUGCAAGAACUCAACCUCGACAUUUACGAAUCUUGGAUCUCUGAUGAUGUGCGCAAUUUCACUCCUUGGCUUAGACAUGAUCAGCUACAAGCAUCUGCUGCCGCCACUGUACUGAAGAAGUGGGUUGCCAAGGCAAGAUCAUCGCUUACGCAAGGACUCAAUCAAUUACUCGACGAUACUCAUGACAUCUCGGUCAUUGUCACGCUCCGCAAAGAAUUCAUAACGCGUUCUCUAUCUGCCGACCGAAAACUACCAGGUCUUGAUCCGUCAGACUUCUUCGAAGAGCUGCGUGCUGCGUUCAAUCGCCGUCUGCGAGCCUUGGUUGUUGAAUCUGCUGGUGUUGAGGAUGUCGUCGGCCCCUACUUGAGGGGCGAAUAUAUCCAAUCCGUGAUCAAUCCUGGACCUGCUGCCGAUUUAUGGGAUCCUGCAAACCUGGAGAUCGAUCCUGGAAAAGGCUCGAUAGCAUUCAGGAAUUUGAUUAACAAUGCCUCGCAAGGAAAAGAUGCUUCUCUGCAAAGUCUGGUUCAGUCUUUCAACAUAUGGUCUUCGGACUUGGUCACUUGGUCUGCCACGAUCAAGGCGAUGCGUGAUGAUAGAUGGAACGACGAUCUCGACCUUGACAUUGAAGAUGACUUCGAGAUUGACUCCCCUCAAGAUCUGUUGGCUAGGGAAGAUCCCGAUGAAUUGCAGAAACUGCUCGCAUCGGAAAAAGCCAAGUCGCUCAAGGAUGCAUACGAGAACAUUCAGUCGUAUGUUGAGAAAGAGGGCCGCACGGUCCGAACUUUGCGACUCAUGAGAGAAUUGGCUCAUCAGGCAUCCCUUGGCGAGACACAAUCAUCAGCCAGCAAACCACCACCAUCACUACUUCAAAAGCUCCACAAGAUGCUAGCCGAGCAGGUUCUAGAAAAGUCACCAGGGCAGAACAGAGCCAAGGCUAAGCUUUUUAUGCUUCCUCCACACACAGCAUUGUGGGAAGGUUCUCCACCGCUUCCUGUUCAACCAUCACCAUCAUGUUUCAGAUAUCUGCAUGAGACGUGUAAGACGAUGAAGGAUGUCGGUAGUGACCUGUGGACGCCUCCCGCUGUAUCAAUACUCAAGAGCAGACUUCAAAAGACUAUCGUUGAAUCACUGAACGAUGCUCUGCUGGUCAAAACCAAAACCAAUGGCUCGACUGCAACAACAGACUCAUCCAAUGGGGACGACGAGAUUCCUCUAGCAGAGAACUCCGAGGAAGAUCCCACCAAAGAAGAAGACGAAACCAGAACCAUUACGCCCUCCAACUCAUCAAACGAACAAGCCCCGAAACUCAUUCAAGCACUCUUCGAUCUUCUGUACCUGGACAAAAUCCUCUCUACAUAA